GAAAAGAAAAUGGCUUCCACCUGAGUUUGUGGUGUACCAGGGUUUGUGCUAGCUUCAGUGAAAGGCCUCUUGAUGGGAAACUGUUGUUUCUAUUGCCAUUAAGGGCCUUUUGUGUCGGUCCCAUUGCAUGCUUAAAGCGUAAUACGGAAAAUGGAUUAAAACGGUGAUUGGAUGAAUGCGGUUACCUUAUUUGAGGAGAUGGCGAUGGAGAUGCUGUAAAGCACUCUGAAGACUCAACACAAUACGGAUAAACUCAUCAAUCCUCGCAAGAACAUUUUUGCUUUUGCCAUCGGUGUUGCUGGGCUUCUUAAAACUGGACAUCUACCCAGAUAAGACUGUUUGUUUGUUUUUGUUUUUUUAGUUGGAAUUCACUAAACUAUGUUGUUCAAUGACUUGUCACAUUGUAAUGCUGAAAAUCACUGAGGUAUCAUGUGUAAUGAGGGUAAAAGUAGGUAAGAGUUUUAUAUAAAUAACUCUAAGCAAAGAGAUUGUUUUCUGGCUGCCUUAUUUUACUGAGUGGUCUGGAUCAUCACUUAUGUGAAACCCCCCAAAUUCAGAUAUAUAGCUUAAAUCUAUAUAAAUAGAUCUUUUUAGAUCUAUAAAUCUUUGAUUUAAGUUUGUUCAGUGAGGUUAUGUAGUUGUGAGUGUGUAGUUGUGAGUGUGUAGUUGUGAGUGUGUAGUUGUGAGUGUGUAGUUGUGAGUGUGUAGUUGUGAGUGUAUAGAUGUGUGUUUGAGUGCCUAGAUGAGUGAACUCUGGAGUACUAGAACAGGAACCUGUGCAGAACCAGCACCAGGCCUCACCAGGUUUUUCACUAAAGUUCCACACAUUUAUAUUUCUGACUUAUCCUUUUGUAACGUUAUUUGGGUGAAAGUUAGCUCUAAUGAUCUGUUGGCCAGCACAACAAGGCUGCAUUCAUUCAGUAAGAUGGAAAAGGAAAUGAUCCCCACAGGAAUGUGAUUUGAAUGAGCUGGAAGUGAAACUUAUCUGUGGAUAUGUUCCACUAGGGUGACCAGACAUCCUCUUUUGCCCGGAUAUGUCCUCUUUUUGAAACCUAAAAAUGUGUCCGGGCGGAAUUUCUAAAUCGUCUGGGAUUUUGUUAUUCUAGCCUCAAACGUGUUUACGGCGAAUUUGCAUUGCUCUCUCUUUCAUUCACAUACUAGUCACGCCCUCCCCCUACAGUUCGCUUUGCAUUGAGUGGAAGUGUAGGGUGUAGAGCUACCGUCAUUGGUCGAUAGUAUUCUCUGUACACAUUUAAUUGGUCAGUCACCUCAAGCACCUUGUUUACCACUGGCAAAGCGCAUGGCUACCCGGCAUCUUCAGCCAUGCCGAAACGCAAGUGUAAGUUCACUGACGAAUUAAAACAAAAAUUUCCCAUGUUUUCGUGUCGGUCGAGAUCAACAUGAAGCUGAGUGCCUGACCUGCAAAGCAGGCACUUACGUGUCGGUCGCAAAUAAUGUGCCAAAGACCUAGAGGCACACAUAUGUUCAGCAAAGCAUCGAAAGGCAGCGAGGGGCGAGAGCUUAUCAGCUAAAGUGACGGAGUUUUUCGUUAGUAAAAACGAAAGUGCAGCUGUCACUGCUGCUGAGGCUGCCUAUGCUUUCCACACGGUUAAGCACCACGAAAGCUACAGGUCAAUGGACUGCACAUCUGGCUUGUUAAAGGUUUUCACAGAUUCUAAAACAGCUCAAAAAUUCUCAAGCGCUCGAACAAAGACAGAGGCAAUUGUAAAUACUGUGAUAGCCCCACAUUCUGUUGAAGUUGCGCUAGAAGCACUUCAAGAUAUCCCCUACUGUGGCGUGUCUACUGAUGGCAGCAGUCAUGGAGCAGUAAAGAUAUUCCCUCUGCUCAUUCAGUAUUUUGAUUGGAAAAACGGCGGUGUGCAAAGUAAAUUACUUGAAAUUAAAAACACCCCAAAUGAAUCAGCUGAAACUAUUUCACAGUACAUAAAAGACACUGGAAAAGAAAGGGAUAUUUUCUAAAUGCAUUGCAGAUUUUGGAGGAAUCCAGCGUAAUGAGGACGGGAAGAAUAUUUUUGCAAAUUUAAAAAAGUCCCUGCAGACCACAGCUCUUAUUGGUGUAGGCUGCCCAGCACACAUUCUGAACAAUUGUGUUCACCAUGGAGCAGACACGCUGGAUGAUGACAUUGAGCACAUCAUUUUUCAAAAUUUAUCAGCACUUCCACAUCUACACUGUGCGUACAGAGUCUGAAGGAGUACUGUGAGUUUACUGAUGUUGAAUUUAGAGCUCUCCUCUCUCACAGCAAGACACGAUGGCUGUCAUUAUUCCCAGGAAUUGAGGGAUUGCUAAAGAUGUAUCCAGCUGUGAAAGCGUUCUUUUUGUCACAGGAAAAACCACCAGUGCACAUCAGGAAGUUUUUGAAGAUGAGUUCAGUGAGAUUUACCUCUGGCGUGCGCUGAAGUGUCCUCUUUUUCACACACCCAAAUCUGGUCACCCUAUGUUCCACCACAUCAUACCCCAACACCACCCACCUCUGCAGCAGGAGGAACUUUGAACGCGAGCUACAGAAGAUGAACUUUUCAACUUUCUUUGUCUUUUUUCGUCUCGUGCACGCGCCUGGAGUGGCUUUAGCGGUCGGGCACACGCUCGCGCCGCCCCAGUCAUUGUGAGCGGUGUGUGUGUGUUCUCUUUCACAGUGCAUUAGAAAGUUUCAAUACUUUAAUGUACUAAAAGAAUAAACCGAUGAGAUUUACAUGGCCAUUAAAUGUUUGUCAAGUUCUUUUUUUGUUUGUUUAAUUUGAUGUUUAUAUACUGAUUUGGCUGAAGCAGUUUUGGGAUCUGAUGUGGCUUGGGGGUGGGGCUAUGUACAAACACUGUGACGUCACUCAAUAGAUUCCUCAGCUUUGGACCAAUCACGUUUUAAAGGUAAUAAUCUGCUGAAGGUUUCCCUUGGAACAGCAAUGCGUGGUUGUUUAGUAACAGGUGAUGGCAUCACUCAGGUAGGGAUACAGAUACUGACACACUUAAUAGACUAAAGAGACACAGAAUAUCAUGCUGCAGAGAAACUUAUCUGGACAGGAUGUAGGCAAGGGGUCAGAAGUUAUAAAAGCAUGUAGGUAGGUAUUAAAUUACUAAUCACCACUUGGGGCAGUGUAAGGUGUUGAGCUGUUGUGAUGGGGUGAGUGAAGAAGUGAAGCUUACAGAGGUGUUUUGAUGCUCCUGAUGUUCAUGAGCUUGUGCUGAACUGUAAGUAAAACAUUUACAUCAUCUAUAUCAAUCUCCACAUAAUGUGUGAGUGAGAGUGUGUGUGUGUGUGAGAGAGAGACCGAGAGAGAAUUGGUAUUUGUAAUACAUUUAACUGGUUCUGUUUAUUUAUGUAAUAUAAAUGGAAGAAUAGAUUUACAUCGUUCCCCUGACACACUGUACUCGACUGCAACCUUUUCACCAGCAGCAGCAUCUUGGCUGUAGAAAGGAGGUGACUGUUGUGUCCAUGGUGAUUAUUGUGGAGUUUAGUCUCUUUGUGUUUUGUGUUAAGGACCGGACGAAUCUUCAGUCUGUCAUGACCUGAGAAAUGUCCUGGUCCACAGUCACGGACUGAUCUGAAACGCUGAUCUGUUCUUGACUGAUCAGCCUCUAGGAUUCUGAGGUUUGUGUGGAAGAAGCAGAUCUCAGAUACCUUUUAGGUUCAGAACCUCGUUUGAAGCUGCUCACAUGUACACCACAAUAUCCAGUAUGUCAGAAAUGUUACCUGUCUCUCACCUGUUUCUCAGCUGUCUCUCACCUCUCAUCUGUUUCCCACCUGUUUCUCAUCUGUCUCUCACCUCUCACCUGUGUCUCACCUCUCAUCUGUGUCUCAGCUCUCACCUGUCUCACCUGUUUCUCAGCUGCCUCUCACCUCUCACCUGUUUCUCAGCUGUCCCUCACCUGUUUCUCAGCUGUCUCUCACCUCUCAUCUGUGUCUCAGCUCUCACCUGUUACUCAGCUGUCUCACCUCUCACCUUUGUCUCAGCUCUCACCUGUCUCACCUGUUUCUCAGCUGCCUCUCACCUCUCACCUGUUUCUCAGCUGUCUCCCACCUCACAUCUGUUUCCCACCUGUCUCUCACUUCUCACCUGUGUCUUUACCUCUCACCUGUCUCUCACUUCUCACCUGUGUCUCACUUCUCACCUGUUUCUCACCUCUCACCUGUUUCUCAGCUGUCCCUCACCUGUUUCUCAUCUGUGUCUCAGCUCUCACCUGUCUCACCUGUUUCUCACCUGUGUCUCACCUCUCACCUGUCUCAGCUGUCUCUCACCUCUCAUUUGUGUCUCACCUUUCUCAUGUGUCUCACAUGACACCUGUCUCUCACCUCUCACCUGUCUCUCACCUGUCUCUCACCUGUCUCUCACCUCUCACCUGUGUCUCUCACCUCUCACCUGUGUCUUUACCUCUCACCUGUGUCUCACCUCUCAUCUGUGUCUCACGUGUCUCACCUGUUUCUCAGCUGUCCCUCACCUGUUUCUCAGCUGUCUCUCACCUCUCAUCUGUGUCUCAGCUCUCACCUGUCUCACCUGUUUCUCAGCUGCCUCUCGCCUGUUUCUCAACUGUGUCUCACCUCUCACCUGUUUCUCAGCUGUCUCUCACCUCUCAUUUGUGUCUCACCUUUCUCAUAUGUCUCACAUGACUCUCACCUCUCAUGUGUGUCUCACAUGAGUCUCACAUUUCACCUGUCUCUUUACAGAACUUUACAGAACUUCACAAAACAAUUAAAUCAUUUCAUAUUUUUUUUAUUUUCAGCUUGACACGAUGUGCUAUAUUAUUGCGUUGUUUUAUGACUUUUUUGUUUGUUUUGUAUUCUUAUGUCAGCAUGUUGAUGUACUUAUAAUUUCAUUUGAAUGUUUCUGAGAAUUGAGUUUUACACAGUAAGAUUUUGAUUAAAUUAAUUAUUUACCCUUGUUUACACACACACACACACACACACACACACACACACACAUGCGCGCACGGAAAUGUGUAACAUUUUUAUGUUUAUUUAACAUAAUUCUUCAAAAUAUUUUGUUCCUUACUUAAAAAUUCUGAGAUUUCAUUGUGUCACACAAA